AUGGAGGAGCAAGACCUUCUUCAGCAGCUCGAGAACACGGCAUUCGCCUGCUCAUCUCUCAUACGUUUGAGCGGUGGCAGCGCCAACUAUGUCUAUCGAGGCAUUCUUAUGCAUGCCAUGCCCACCAGAGGCGACGCUCAAGAUAUGGAGAGUGUUAUUGUCAAAUAUUCACUUGAUCAUGUACCAGGGAAUGCUAAGUUCAAGCUCGACUUAUCACGCUGCUCUGUCGAGAAUACCGUACUGGAGUACUUGAAUCAGUCAUCGCUGGUGACCAUGAAAGUCAAGGUCCCUGCUAUGCAUUUCCUAGCCCUCAAUGCCCAUAGAGGCAUUGCGAUACAACAAGACUUCCGCCAUUCGACGGACAUAGCAUCUAUCGCAUUUUACACCAGUCAAGAAGUUGGAAACUGGCUACGUCACUUCCAUGAAUGGGCCUCAGAACCUGAACAAGCAGGCUUCCGAAGCAAGGUUGGGUGCAACGGGCCCAUGCAAAGACUCAAGCACAAGGUCACCUACGGCGCAUUCACCGACGUCUUGAAGAACUUCCACGACAUCAGGGAAAAGAACUUCGGGGUUCUGGAACGGGUCAAAGAACGGGCAGAACUCGAGCUUCAUGAUUUGAUCAGCGGCAAGGAUGGACCAGAUCGAGGCAUGAUCCAUGGAGAUUGCUGGAUGGGAAAUGUUCUACUAUCGAAUUCUUCCCUGGCCCAAAUUGGCUCUGAUGCAGCUACAGACAUCAUCUUCAUUGACUGGGAACUGUGCCAAUUUGGCCAUCGGGCGUACGACUUGGGACAUAUGAUAGGUGAUCUAUAUGAGGCGUAUCAUUUCCACAACUCUAAUAUCGCUUUGGCGAUGAUAAGAGGGUUCAUUGAAGGUUAUGGGGAGAUCGACGACGAAAUCGCUUUCCGAACGGCUAUUCACACUGGUAUGCAGCUUCUGGGUUGGUAUAAUCGUCGUGCCCCAUCAGAUGCCGUGAAAGGGACCAGAGAACAGAUUUCUAAUGCAGCAAAGAUCUCGACGAACUUUAUUGUUAAUGGCUGGGAGCGGCAAAAGCAGUGGUUUCAAAGUACUCCAUUGGCAACUUUGUUCAAUCCUGGUACAUAG